AUGCGAUCUACGAUGCAAUAUAAACGCGUUCAAUUAUCUGGACAUUCUGACGAAUUUAAGGAAGUGGAAAAAUUCUUCAAAAAGUCGAUCAAGCGGAGGGUGGUAAUCACUGGCAUUGAACGGGUGCAAAACCCUUUCAUGUGGGAAAAGUACCAAAGGUAGACAAGUGCAUUAACUGUAAGGUGUACUGUAAUAAUAACAAACGUUACGGGCGCUUAUAACAAACCUUAGAAAAAAUGAAUUAUCUGUGAAGACAGAGAUUAAUUGUGGAGGGGUAAUUGAUGGUUGUGUGUAGUAAUACCUGAGAACUGAAGAAACUAUAAUUCCCCGCGAAGCGAGGCUCCGCAGGCACCCUCGCGAAGGCGAGAUUUAUAAUGUUGCGGUGCGCGCACUCCGCAGAUCGCCCACAGAUCAUUGCGGCCUGCAAACGCGUGUGGCCCAUUUAUAUUUCUUUGAAUAUUUGUCUUGGUGUCCGCAAUGUAAUGACCUCAUCAAGCGAGAAACUUGGACGAUAUUGUUUUAACUCUUUUUGCGACCGUUUUGGCGAUUAAGAAAUGCUUUUGGUGAUGACUUUCGAAGGCAAAAGUAUGUACAGAGAACAAUGAGGCAAUUUGGACCAGUCGCUUAAAAUAAAUAAGAGCGAAAAUCGAGAUAAAAAACUUUUUUCAGUGCGUCUCACUUCGCAGGCAGACGAUCUGACGGGUUAAUAGGUCGCGGGAUAUGUUUUUUUGUCCGAAGUGCGUUUCAGUUCGGCUUUUUAUCGUCAAAACCUUGCUUUUCCUUGAAUGAAAUCUGUACCUUUGAAUUCAUGCUUGGUUUUUAAUCUUUUUUUCUGUUUAUAUAAUUUUUGUUUUGUUUUUUAAACAUGUUUUUCCCUUCACAGUAAUUUUCAAGGAGUUAUAAUAACCACUCUAGUGGGGCUAAUUUAACUCCUUACAGUGGAGUUAUCUUUGGGGGAGUUAUUUUAACUCCACAAAGGAGUUAAAAGAACUCUUUUUCAGGUGUAAAAGUGACCCCAGGUAUUGAGGACUUAAAAUAACCCCAAAAAAGGAGUUAUUCUGUACCUAAAAUUUUUACUCCACUUUGAGAGUUAAAUUACUAGAACUCCAAAAAGAGUAAAAACGACCCAUGUAAGGACUAAAAGUAACCCCAUUUCAGAGCUAUUUUAACUCCAGACUGGGAGUAAAAAUGACCCCAAAUUCGGAGUUAAAUUAGGAGUUAAAAUAACCCCAAAAAAGGGGUUAUCCUCUACCUAAAAUUUUUACUCCAUUUUUGGAGUUAUAAUAACUCCCUAAAAAUUACGGUGUUUAGCUUGUUUCCCUUUAGUCUUAAUACUGAUCCUAUACAGCUGUAAUAACGUAUAUCUAGUUAUAUUUUUAAAACAGAACAUCUUUCUUUUAAGGAUACUCUGUCCUAUUUACAAGGGUUGCUUGAGGCAUUUCACGCCCCCGCCCUUAUCUCUUUCAGUAGAGGGCAAUCUCGUUUUCAGGUCUCUGUUCCUGUCCUCUUGGGUACGUAACAGGUAAAUGGGAGUGAAUUCGAAGGAGAGAUAGCUCGCUGGCGAGGUUGACAGUUAGGUCAUCGGCAUGCUUCCUUCGCCCUCCUGGAUUUGAAAUGUGUGGACACGAAAUUAAGGUCUAUUUAAAUUUUUGUGUUAUAUUUAGAAAAAAGGAAAACAUGGCACCUGCGAAGACUGGUUCCCACCAGGGAAGGUUCGUAAACGAGAGGCAAUUGUUUCAUGGAACCAGCCCUGAAAAUGUGGAAGCUAUUUGUAAACAGAACUUUGACUGGCGUCUUCAUGGGAAGAACGCAACUGCUUACGGACAGGGAAGCUAUUUUGCAUUAAACUCUUCCUACAGCGAUAGUUACGCUAAGGAAGAUUCCAAAGGGUCUAAGUUCAUGUUCGUCGCCAAGGUCCUCGUUGGGUCUUACACUACUGGCCAGUCCAGUUAUCGAAGGCCACCGUCAAAGGAGCCUUCGAACCCAGCAAGUGAUCUGUACGAUUCGUGUGUUAAUGAUAUGUCAUGUCCUACCAUUUUCGUCAUUUUUGAUACUGAUCAGUUCUACCCGGAGUACAUAAUCAAAUACUCCACAUCUCAAGGCAGCUAUUAG